AGUUUCUUCGCUAGGAGCCAGAAUUUUAGAGUCUGGGCAUUUCUGAUCAAGCAUUUCUGCGGUACUUCGUUGGGAGAGAGGACUCCACCAUUGAAGCAAUCUGAAAGUAGGUACAGGAAGUGUCAUCCUUCUACUUAGAGGCCUGGCCUUUCAGUCUUCCCUGCUAUCCACCAUGGCGGCCGCGGCACUCGCUCUGCAGCGCCACGCAGCUGCCUUGGUCCUGCGGCCGAUGGCAAUGCCGGGCAUGACUGCCGCCACCGAGGCGGCUCAUUGCAGAACCGUCACCUGCUCCGCAUUGCCUAGAAAUCCCGCCGGUUACUCUGUGAUGGAAGAAGCGAAAAGGCAUCAGGAGAACGAAACAGAGUUGAUGGGACGGGGCGAUAAGCGGACACGGAAGGGGAAAAUCUUCGCUGGGUCGUUCGGAAACUCCCGACCAAAGAACGGGAAGAAGAGGGGUGGCAUCAGCUUUACUCCUCUUCCUCCUUCACCACCGAAGAAGGACGACUCCGAGUAAAAGUCUAUCCAUCACAAGCUUGUAUAUGAUUCUGUAAGCAUCAAGUUGGUUGGUGAUUGCAACUGAUCCGGAAGGGAGAAGCAUGUCCAGGAGGUGAAGCGGCACUGAUAUUGCACUUGGACAUGUUUUCAUAUGAAGUUUCUCGCCAUUAACCGGAAACACACAAGACUGGACAAUCGAAAAGUCUGUACACCAGCACACGGAGGGUUUUGAUGCUUUGAGUAUCGAAGUUGUCCUGAAAGUCUGUUGUUUCGCAACAUCCAAGUGGCUCGGCGGCUUCUGUGAUCACAAGGCGGGCGUUUUCUUGUGCACUGAUCAUCUUCGAAGGUAUUUUAUUUAAG